ACACUACUAUAUAACAAAUAAUUUGAGCUGAUGUGAAUCUGCUGACUUGAACCCUGAACUCUGAACCCUGAACCUCCCCACACACACAACAACUUGUUCUGGAUGAUCUGGCUGCUAACGGUUCUUAUAUCAUGUUUAACUGCAUCUGCUCAGAUAUGUAAUGUGACAUUGCAAGUCGGCAAGGUUAUCCAACCUAAACCCAGUGUGCUUAACGGAGCCACAUUCCUAUCUCAUUUACACACUGAUACUAAGGAACUGUGCCAAAAAGAAUGCUGCAACGAUGAAAGGUGCGAUACAGUCUUAUACACAGACUCCAAAGUAGGCCCAAAAGGAAACAACUGUUUCUAUUUCGACUGCCUGGACCACUGUGUCUUUCGAGACUCAACUCCAGAAGAGAGUAAUUUCUCUGUCGCAAUCAUUUCACGAUCAACCGCUCCCCAAGAAUUACCAGAUUUUUCUAACAUAUUUGUGAGCUCCGGACCGGAUGUAGUGAAUCAUGCUGAUAAUGCGACUGAGAGCCAUCAAGCAGCUGAUUCUCCUGUUGAACCACAGAAAAGUUCUACUCCAGCCAGUGAUGUGAAAGCUGACGAGGAAAAAGUACAGCCUGAUACUUCCGCUCCAUUAGAACAACAACAACCUGAAAGUCAAUCAGCAGAACCUGUAGCAGAACCUGUAGCAAAAAUCCCCGAUUCUCCUUCGGAAAUUCCGGAAUCUCAGGUCAAAACCCCAGAUGCUACGGUAAAACCCGAAGUUUCUGCAACCUCCAAAGUCGAAACCGCAAAGAACAACACAGUAGACGCGAAAGAGGUACAGAAAGAAGCCGAGCAGACCGAACCAACCCAAUCUUCAUCCCCAGACACCAACGCUGUCACAGUGAAAAACAACGACGAGAAGCCAGACAUUCCUGACACGAUUCAGAAAGCUGUUCCCAAACCAGCCACAGCAAAACCUGACGAUGUUGUAACAGAGAAGGAAGAAGUGACUCCUACUGAAAAAGCGAAACUCCCUAACGAAGUUCCUGUUGUUGAAGGUAAAGUGGAGGUUAAUACAGAUGUGAAGGUGAAUGGGACGGUGAGUAAAGCGAGCACUUCUGAGGAGGACCAGAGUAAAACUGUGAUCGGGCAGGAGAAACAACCUGCAGUUGUCGUGGUUGAUAAGCCUGAGGAAACUAAGAAAAAAUCCGACGAAUCUAUGCCAGCAGCUAACGUUAGUGUCGAGGUAGAUAUCCACACUAUCCAGACUAAACAACCUGACACCUACACAAAGAAAGAUGUUAUGUUUUGGGUUUCCGUUGUCGGCGGCUCAACUCUCAUCGUCCUCGGUCUUGGUCUCGUCGUUCGUUACUAUGGAAACAAGAGGAGACGCCUCUACUCCUCCCUUACUGACGAUUACCUUAUCAAUGGAAUGUACAGUAUCUAGAUGUGCGGAUAUUUUAUCAUGUUUCCAUGGUUACCGGACUUUAAGUUCGCUCCUUGUCUUGUUCAUUUGUAUUUAUCUUGUGGAACUGCGGUCAUAUUCUUCAGAGUAGAUGAAAACUUACAGUUUAAUUUAUAAUUCAGAUAAUUAGAUAUAUGCUGGCCAAUCAUUUUAUUCAGCAAAUAUAGAUAUAGUUGUAUCAGUUCAUGGUUAACUGUUUAAUAUUGCAUUGUUCAUGUAUAAUAUAUAUAUGAAAUCAAUCGACCUUUUAAAGGAAGAACGAUUUGUAAAUUGAUCGUUUUACGAAAUAUUUUAACCAUUUCAAAAAUCAAAAAAAAACUUGUAAAAAGUGAUACAUUUUUAUUCUUAAUUAACACUUAAUUAAUAGUAAAAUAUUGCGAUGUUUCAUGGGCUGCUGAAUGUAAAUACGUAGCAUUGCCAGCGGAGAAUUGUUUAUUUUGCCACCAUUUGUUGAUAAUUAAGUAAUAAUUCGAUGAUUAAGUGAUAAUUCGAUCAGAGUAAAUUAAUAAUAAUUAUUAAGUAUUGGUAUAUUUAACUAAAUUAUGAAUGAAUAAGACUCUUAACUUUAACUUCCUCAAAUUGCUUAACAUUUUGUUUGAUGUAUUUACUUCUUUUUCCUUAUAGUUUACAGCUCGGCUAGAAAUGCGAUGGUAGAGUGUUAUCUUUUGUUUGUUUGAAUGAAUUUAAAAUCUUGUUUUAAUGUAAAAGCUCUUCAUUUUCUUUACUUCAACUA